AAGAAGCCGCUCUUUUCUCUUCCUCUUGUUUUUUUGGUGUGGCUGUCAGGCUAGCUGCUACCUGCUAAACACCGGCGACGGAGCCCGGCUGCGACUGUCUCUGGACACGACAAUGGACGAUAUUUUUGCGUUUUUUCCCGAGGAAAUGUGAGAAUAUUGACGCGGCGGCGCUUUUAUUUUCAUGUGACGCAGGAAAGGUGCUCCAGUGGGCUCCACAUCGGCAGUGAACACACCCAUGCCCAGCCUCAUCAUGGAGAGAAGGAGGCAGAAACAGAAACACGGCCUGGUGGAUGGCUUCAGCACCGACCUGAUGAACACCGGACAGUUUUGCUUCAGCUGCGAGCAGAUAUUUGCAAAUCGGAGAUGCCUGGAGGAACACGUGUGCUCCUCCGCCAGUUUCAUCUGCUCCUGCGGCACAGAGUUCACUGAAUACAGAGACAUGCUGGAGCACAGCACCACGCACGAACCGGGCCACCAAGUGCUCGACCACGAAACGAUAAGGAAACGCAGGAUUGAGAAACGCAGAGAAGAGGAGGAGCAGCUGAAAAGGUUACGGAAAGGCGAAGUGGUCUGGAAGACGCCCAGAUCGGACAUUGCACCGUCAGUUUCGUUGCCAAUGAGGCCGGUUCUUCAAGUACCCAAUACGUCAGCUCAUAUGUCACAAGGUCCCAUGCAGUCUUUGCAGAUUUCACAAGUGCCUGAGUUGCAUCCCUCUAUGUCACAAGCAUCUUCGCUCUCAAACCCUGUCCCCUUAACAACAGACAUGCAGGAUAUUUUUGCAGGUGUAGGUGCACCUACAGUGGAUCUUUGGACACUGUAUCAGCCAGUUGUAUUAAUACAAACGGUGCGCAUGUUUAGCAGGAAAAAGCCAUAUACCUGUGGUAAAUGUGGGCAGGGUUUUAUGACAAAGACCUCUGUCAUCUCCCACCAGAGCUCACAUGUCACAGAUAAAAUUUCUGGCUGUAUAGGAUGUGGGCUGCUGCUCUCCAGCAAGAAGUUAGUGCCUCGCUUCCAUGUUUGUAACUCACGCAACAACACGACCAAAUUGAGACUCAUCACUGCGAAACCGCUGAAUUUUAAGACACUAAAUAUCGCCAGUGCAGAUAGGAGACAGAAUCUGAGUGUCCAUGGGCCUCAGGUCUUUUCCCCCCUGCAUCUGAAAAACCAGAUUCCCAACGCAACCAGGACAGGCAGUCAUGCAGCUCACAUCACCCCAAGCAAGCAGUUGAAAAUUCAGAAUAUCAGACCAUACAAUAACAGUCUGGGGCUUCAUGCUGCUUCAUCUUUUCAUUUGAAGAAUUGGAGUCCCAGUGCAGUGUCCAGUCAGCGUCCAGUCGCUAGAAUGUUCAGCCAAGGCCGUCCUAGGCUCUCUGUCGCUCCUUCUGUGCAGUUAAAGACGCACACAAACUCUUCAUUAGGUGGACUGAGCAAACCUACCCAGAUAUCCCCUGCGACGAAGGGGUUCCCGUGCAGAGUCUGUCGUAUUGCUUUUGAAACUCCGCAGCUGCUCCAGAGGCACAAAUGUAUCAAAGCACAGGAGUUUAUGGCGCAGCAAGUGCAAGGUGGCAAACAGCAUUACAAACUUAAGAGGAUGACACCGAUGAUGAGCCCAAAUCCUGCUCAGAUGAAUGGUCAGAGAAAACUCGGGCUUCCAUCUUCUGGUAGCAUCAGGAAGAACCCCAUCAUGGCUGUCGGCCUGGACAAAGGGCCAUCAGUGGUUCCAGUCAAUGGGAGUACAGAUGUGGACAUUGACAAUGACUGUUACAUUGUUGAAAGCGGACCAGACAAACCUGCUGAGAUGAUUUACCAAGUAACCUCAUCUGUCCCUAUCAUCACUUGACGAGGCACAUCCAGUUUGCAUGUCACACUUUUUGUUACUUAUGGACCAAGCGCAUAGAGACAGCAGUCUCCCUCUCUGAAUGGCAUCUACUUGGCUCAUCGCACAGGAACACAAUGCUUCCUGGCUUCUACUUUAAAAGAUAGACAAGUGUAGAAUGAAUAGUGAUAACAAACAUGCAUCUUAAUUAGGCUGGAUUUCUUUUGUUAGUACAGUAAACAGUUCAAUAUUGACUUCCCAAGAGUUUGAAGUUGUCGCUCCUGCAGCGGGUAAAGAGGGUGUAAAUCGCGUUUGAAAAAUGUUCGCUGGGACAACCAGGUAUUGUAUAAUAGUUUUGUUUGUUUUUUUUGUUUUUUUUUAAAUAUGUUUUUAGUAUGAUCAGAAUGUGUUGUGAAGCUGUGGGAAUUGGCUGCAAUACCUUGUGUGUUCUUACCAGCUUUGUCAGACUUUAAGAAUUCAGUAUAUUAUGUAUUAAACUAUAUUUUCAAACUCA